UCGAGAGAGAGAUAGUGAGAGUCCAUCACUCACAAGCUGUUGCCUCUUUUGUUUGUUUCUCUGAUUCGUUGGAAAACGAGAAUUCCAUUCCCGAAUUCGGAUCUUACUUUGCGGAGCCACAGGAUGGGCAAUCAAUUCCAACUUUCCAGUGAUCUGAUGGACUUCUUUUAUCAUUUUGCAUUAGUUCCUAGCAUUUAAUGUGCAGAUCUUACAUGUGGUCUGCUUACUUCUCGUAACUUUUUCUAGAGGGGGUAGCAGCUGCCUGCAUUGCUACUUUUGCUCCUGCAAAGAUGGUCUUCAGCAAAAUUUCAGAAUUAUUUUCUCCCGGACUGAUUCGUUUAUCGGCAUCUAACAAACCACCUGGGUCGCCUAUACCUGCUUCACCUAGUGGUCUCCCCAAACCUGAGAAAAGGAGUAAUCUAAGACUCUCCUAUUCCCUUCAGGAUUUGUCUACUUAUCGCCGGCUUGAUAUAGAAGAAGGAAAUAAAAAUGCUGGAGUAGAAAGAAGUUCAGGUCAUGCAUUGCCACCAUAUAUCUUUGAGAAGGAAAAAGGAGCAGCAAGUUUUUCGAAGGAGAAGUUAUCACCAGGAACUUCAUCCAGAAAGAAGAGGUGGAUUACAGUAGUCUGUAUUCUCAUUGGCUUAUUUCUUGUUUCAUGUCUGUCAUUUGGUCUCCAAAAUCUUUACACAAACUGGUCUAGAGGAACUAACAGAUUCUAUGUUGUCGUAGACUGUGGUAGCACUGGAACACGUGUCUUUGUAUAUCAGGCUUCUAUUAGUCACGAAAAGGACAACAAUCUUCCUAUAUCAUUAAAGUCUCUGCCUGAAGAUUCCUCUGCGAACUCUGUUGCCCGAAGUGGGAGGGCUUACAACAGAAUGGAGACUGAGCCCGGGUUUGACAAAUUGGUGCAUAACAUUUCUGGGUUGCAGAAGGCAAUUAAACCUCUGAUUGAAUGGGCUGAGAACCAAAUUCCAAAAAACUCACAUAGAAGUACCUCUCUUUUUCUUCAUGCUACAGCUGGGGUUCGUAGGCUACCGAGUUCAGAUUCUGAAUGGCUGCUUGAGAAUGCUUGGCUGAUCCUGAAGAGGUCGCCUUUCUUGUGCAAAAAGGAAUGGGUUAAGACUAUCACAGGUGUGGAGGAAGCCUAUUAUGGAUGGAUAGCAUUAAAUUAUCACACUAAGGUGUUGGGGUCCGUUCCCAAAAAAGAAACAUAUGGUGCACUUGAUUUGGGUGGCUCAUCACUUCAGGUUACUUUUGAAGGUAAACAAGGUGACCUUGAUGAAACGAGCUUAAAAUUAGGGAUUGGCCCUGUUAACCAUCAUCUGAGCGCCUAUUCUUUGGCCGGGUAUGGUCUCAAUGACGCAUUUGAUAAAUCUGUUGGCCAUCUUCUCAAAGGGCUUCCUCAUAUUAGUAAUGCCAAUCUGACAAGUGGAAAAGUUGAAAUUAAUCAUCCCUGUUUGCAAUAUGGUUACAAAGAACAGUAUAUGUGUAGACACUGUUCACUCUUAGAAGGUGGGAAUUCUGGAGUUCCAGUUCAGCUUGUGGGAGUUCCUAAUUGGGCCAAAUGUAGCUUGCUCGCCAAAGCUGCUGUCAAUAGAUCUGAAUGGUCAAACAGUAGCAUAGGAAUCGACUGUGGGCUUCAUCCAUGUGCUCUUGCAGAAAAUAUACCCCGUCGUCGUGGCCGGUUUUAUGCUAUGUCAGGUUUCUACGUUGUGUACCGGUUCUUCAACCUGACUCCUGAAGCUACUCUGGAUGACGUGCUAGAGAAAGGCCGCAGAUAUUGUGACAAGUCUUGGCUUGAUGCUAAGAAGAGCGUCGUUCCUCAGCCUUUCAUUGAACAAUACUGCUUCCGAGCUCCAUAUGUGGUGCUCCUCUUGAGAGAAGGACUGCACAUUCCUGAUAGCCACGUGACAGUUGGUUCGGGAAGCAUCACUUGGACCCUUGGGGUCGCUCUAUUUGAAGCUGGAAAGGCAUUUCCGUUUUCUGGUAAAUCCCGCGGCUAUGAUAUAUUUCAAGUGAGGAUAAACCCACUCUUUGUUUUAGCUUUCUCGUUAGCUGUGCUGUUUUUCUUGGUCUGUUUCUCGUCAUGUGUUGGCAAAUCAUCGAUAUAUCUGCGGAGACGAUAUCUCCCUCUUUUCAACCACAAAAAUGUGUCAUCGGCGUCCGUUCUCAAUAUCCCUUCUCCUUUCCAAUUCAAACACUGGAGUCGUCCGGUCCACAUAGGUAAACUUCCUCUUACUUUGGCAGUAGAUGGAAGGGCUAAGGAUCCGAUGAGUCCAGUUCCAGGUACUCAGCAUCGUGGCCACGAUGAUGGUGGCGACAAGUUUACCAGAUCACACGUAGCGCACAGCUACUCAUCAGGCAGCUUGGGGGAGCUCCAGUUCGGAAACACUAAUGUUGGCCCCGCCUGGACCCCUCCGAACAGAAGCCAAACGCGUCUCCAGAGUAGGAGAUCCCAAUCGCGGGAGGAUCUCAUUUCUUCCAUGGCAGAGGGAAACGCGAUGAAGCCCUGAGACCAAAGAAAGUGAACAACCAACUGCAGGUCUCUUGAGCGGAGUGGUUGCUGCUGCAUGGUGUUUUCCCACGGAAACGAGACAUGGAAAGACGAAGCGGAGGGAUGGAGUUUGGAGAUACAUAAAAGGUACAUAUGAAUGUUGUUAGGUGAUGCCAAUAACAUGAUGUUAGUCUCUAGCUAAGUUUAUAUAUUCAUUCAUUGAGGUUAUUAUACUCAUAGAUUUAUAGGGUUGGUCACCUCUAUUUGAACUAAGACAUUUAUUUUAGUAUUCUUUGAAAUCAUACAAAAAUAUAUACUUCCUCCAUUUGUUGUUCCUUGUUAAGUAAUUCUUACUU